AUGCCUGAAGUUGUUGAUUGUGGAUGGUUGAAUGAUCACCUUAGCAAUCCGAAGGUGAAAGUGCUGGACGUCACUCACACUGUGAAACCUAAAAGAGAUUUCAAAACUUUCGAUUAUGGGAAUUUCAAACAGCAUAUGAUUGAAAAUGUUGAAGUAGACUAUGUCAUGUCACAUAUUCCUGAUGCUGUUCAUUUCAAUUUGGAUGCGGCAUUUUACCCCAGCGAAUUUAUAAAAUCUGAUAUCUAUCCACCAGCAUUGUUUGAGAAGUACGUUCAAAUGCUCGGAAUCAAUCGGGAUGAUGAAGUAAUCGUCUAUAGUCGUGGACCAGCUGGUGGUAUGCUUUUCGCAGCAAGAGCAUGGUGGACAUUCAAACUCUAUGGCCACUCCAAUGUAAAAGUGUUGAUUGGUGGGUUUGAUCAGUGGAAGAAACAAGGAUUCCCUGUGAAUGGUGAUCAUCCUACCCCGCCAUUCGGCGACUGGACAGCAAAACCAUUAGAUAGAGGUUUGCUUGCAACCUUCGAGGAGCUUACUACCGAAAAUUCGGGUGGUAUAUCGGAGAACUGUUCGAAGGUAAACUAUUUGGACGCGAGGCCUACAGAUCAGUAUCGUGGUUUAACUCCUCUUGGUGUACCAGCUGAUGGAGCCACAGGUUCGCAUAUAACUGGAAGCAAGAAUUUGCCUCUGGCUAAGAUUGUCAAUAUCGAUAGUCUGAGAACAGAGAAAGAGAUUAAAGCUGCCUUGGAUCAAACUAGUUAUGAUUCUAGUUUUGAAAUUGUCACCGCUUGUAAUGGUGGUAUACAAGCAUGUCUCCUAUCUUUAGGUUUGGCAGAAAGUGGGUAUCGGUCGAAAGUAUACAAUGGAAGCAUGGUCGAAAUCGGAUCAAGGGCUCCAGGCCUCAUCAACUCCAGUUAA